GGAUUUUAGUUGUCAGAUGUGAAAUUAGACGUGUUCAAAAAAUCAGAUGAUUAUUAUCAUCUUGAAUAAUUAAUAAAUAAUCAACUAUGUCACGAUUAUAAUGAUUUAGCGACACACAAAUCAUUAAGAAAUAAAAUUAAAACCGUUUCGCAUACCCAAAAACAUUCCUUGUUCAGAAGGCAGUUCGCAAGAGAUGAAUAACAGCCGAUAUGUUUAAAUUAGAAUCAUAUAUCACCCCAAUUUUACUUAGUUACGUUGAUCGCUACAUAAAAAACUUUAAACUAGAAGAUUCACAGGUCUCUCUUUGGGGCGGAGAUGCAUCAUUCCACAAUUUAGAGUUAAGAUUAGAUGUUUUGGAGCAGGAGUUACAGUUGCCAUUUAGUUUUGUUUCCGGACACAUCAGAGAAUUAUUGAUUCAUGUACCAUGGACAAAAUUAAAUUCACAACCGAUCACAAUUACAAUAAAUACCAUAGAAUGUAUAUUAAAACUGAGAGGCUCAGAGGCAACGUCAUCUCCAGAAUCAAGCAGUCAAGCAAGAGAAAAAAUAAAAAAGCAAAAUACAAAGCAAGACAUUGAAGCCCCUCCAGGAUAUGUGCAAUUAUUAAUAAAUAAGAUAGUCAGUAACAUAAGAAUUUAUUGCAACAAUUUAAUUUUAAAGUAUGUGGAAGAAGAUAUUGUAUUGUCUAUGAACGUUAAACAUUUAAAGUUUGAGUCUGCCAAUGAAAAGUGGGAACCAGCAUAUACAGAUCUUUCCCCAGCUCAAGUAAUUUUAAGAAAAAUAGUAGCAGUUAACGACUUAACUUUGUGCUUGGACAAGAGAAAUGCAGCCGGUAAAAUAGACGUGUAUCAAGAACCAAUGUUGUACAGAUGCUCAAUGACCAUGCACUUACUGAGGCACUAUCAUUCAGCCACAGCCAAAAGAGCCUCUACAACAAGAUUGGACAUCUAUUGUAAUAAUAUGGAAUUUAGUAUGACAGAACAACAAGUACCCAUGUUACUGAGGCUUAUGAUGCUAUUGUAUGCAUUGCAGCAGAAACAGUUGAAGCCAGACACUGAUAUUCAUGUUGACCAUCAAGUUUCACCAGAGUUAAGAGAUUCUCAAGAAAAACCUGAAACCUGGACUAACUGGGCAUGGUCCUAUGUUUCCUCAGUAUUACCAACACAAUGGGAUGAAGAAUGGAAUAAUGAGCAAUUGAAGAAUUAUUCCGGACACACCAUGCAAAUUGGUUUUUAUGUAGACAACAUGUCAAUUACUUUUAAGGUUUCUGAAUCUGGUCCAUCGGACCGCGGUUACUACGCUCAAAAGAAGCUAAAGUACUGGCCAAUGCUGCAGCUGCAGCUGCAAGGUAUUUACAGCGAAAGCAUCGUGCACGGUAUCAAAUGGCUGAACGCCAGCUUCGGCGUCAGCCAGGCCGUGCUGGUGCCGCUGGGCCCUUGCAGCUGCGCAGUCGCCGAAACGCCCGCGCCCUAUCUAAAGAUCGGCUCGGCGACCACCUCGCACAAAGCGGACUCCCUGUUCGACGCGGCGGCCGUGGAGAACAAGGGCCACUCGAGGAACUACAACACCUCGUGGGAGCACCACAUGCUCGCGAACACCGAGUCUGUUUUGUUGGAACGCACCCCCGCUAUCGCCUUGGACUACGUCUAUCAAAUGGAAAUACCCGAAGAUAUGACCAGCGAGAGGCUGUCCGAGUUGGGAAGCGACUAUGAAUUUAGCAACCUUUCGGAAAUGUCAAGUCUGCGGGUGUGCUUCGGCCCCUUCAAGCUGAAGCUCUGUUCGGGAUUUUUCCACCGCAUGCAGUCGUUGCGUGUGGCAGGCUCAUAUUACGAUUACAUGCCCUACCACACGCCGAAACCCGAUUUGCCGCUGAACGAAUUGUUGCCGCCAUCCGAGGAGGAUUUCGACGCGCUAAACGAAUUUAUAUCGAGCAGAUCUACGAGGGUGACCUUUUUCGCCCCCAUUAUCGAACUGCAGCUAAUGGAUCACCCAUACUUUGCACCCACCAAAGGAACCCUGUUUCGAAAAAGAAAGAAAAGCGCUGGUACUUUCGCCACCUCGACACUCCAAGAACUCCCCAAACUAACGAUAGAAUGCCAAUUUUUGGACAUAAGCGUUCAAACGCCAAUGUACGUCAACCGGUUGGUGCACACGACGUGUCAGCUGCCGGACCCGCCCAAGCAGCUCUUCGAAGCUUGCUACCACAAGCAAACGAUUAAAAUUUUGGGGCUGUGCAGCCGGUUGAUGGUGAAUCAGCAAAAACACACGACCAUUUUGACGCCCUGUAGCGCCUCGUACACCUUAAAGUCGAUGUUGAAGCCGCAGUACUGGACGAAUUCCAACAUACCGCACCAAGAGAGGGUUUUCGAGUCGGAAAGCAUCACCGUAAACGGCACCAAAGCUAAAAUGAUGGUUAUACACGAAAUUGCCGAUAAAAUUAUCAAAAUGGAGCCGUCGGCGAUUAUUUCCAUGAGCAACAGUACAUUAUUAAACGACGCUGCAAAAGAUUACGGUUUACCGUACAUAGAGUUCUGCAUAGAAGGGAUACGUUUUAAAAAAGUGACCACGAAUUCGGUGGUAUCCGUUGAUUUGUGCGCUGGGUCCAUAAAGGCGUUCAUAUUCGAACCUGCGGAGCUCAAAGGCAAAGACAGGGAUUUAAAGAGUAAAAAAGACGCGUUCAGCACCAUCCAGCAAGUUUUGUUUAUAUCUGGGCCUGAGCCGAGAAAACCCGACACAUUGCACACCAAACCGUUUAGGGUUCCAGAAAGCGAAUUGCCCUUGCUAUCCGCCACCGUACAAUACCCAUUAACUCCAGACUCGCAAACUCAUCCGCCCAUACUGAUUUUCAACCUGCAAGAAAUUCGCGUUUGCGUCGAUCCUUUGGUAUGCCGAUGGUUGUUGUACACCCCCAAGAAUCAUUCCACCAAAGUUGACCACUUCGAUCCCAUCCAGCACAUAAAAAAGAACAUCUCGGAGGCGAGCGGUAGCGCCAUCGAGACGCCGCGGCGGUUCAGCCAACUAGAAUCGGUGCACAGCAGUUCGGACAGAGAUCAAGUUGCCGUGCCGCACAGGGUGUUGAAAACGCUGAAGGAAGAGGAAAUCGAUUUGCAGGAGCAAAUCUAUAACGUUCUAAAAAAAUGGUUUGACGUUUGGAAAGGUAUGUUGAUUUGCGGGGACCUUUCCCAAUGCACAAUCUAUUUUCCAAUGGAAACGCUGUCAUCUGUCGGAUCACAAGGCAUUCAAGAAGCAAUAGAACAGGCCAUUGGCAAGGAUAACCCACCAGAAAUAAUGGUCGUACAACUGCCUUUUGCUAAUAUUAUAAGUUCUCAAAGGCAGAACCUAAAUCAGUAUUUAAAAUCCUUACCAGUUAUUUUGCCAGCCAGCUUAUGGACUUUGGAUAAAUCCAGCUUUCCUUGGACGAUGUCCAUAUCCGAUCUAAGCUGCUACACUUUGCAAUUCGGGAAAAAAUUGAUUUUCCUCAGGCCGGUGUCGCUGAGCGCGACCGUGGGCCUGUCGACGAAACCGUGCAAACCGGACCAACCGGCGCAAACCGAACCGGAAAAACCGGACCUCGGCUACCUGGGAGUGUGCAUCCACAUCGACAUGACGCCGGUCGUGGUGUCGACCUCGGAGGUGCAGGUCUACCUGUUCGCCAGCAUCCUGUACGGGCUGAUGGAGGUGGUCGGCCACCUGGCCCCCGAGCCGUCCAGACUUGCCAGGCCGCCCGAGCCGGUGCCGCCGAUGGGGGGCAGGGCCGCGGGGGGGUCCUCCGCGGCCUCCCCUACCGUCGUCAGGGAGAACACGGACUCUGCGAGCGGACGCAGCCCGCCCCUGUCCGCCGCAGCUGCGGUUUCGGACAAGGACGCGGUGAAGCUGACCGCGUGGGUGCAGUGGACCGUCACGAGGUUCACGAUGGAGCUGCUGUCCAACGAGCACGGUCAGAAGGCGUACAGCGACACGGACAACUUGAAGCCGCAUUUGAAGCUGGUUAUAGAUGCCGAAGAUAUUGUCAGCUCGCUGGAUUUUCAAAGUGUUUAUUUGAAAAUCAAAAGCAAAGUGGGAUCUCUGUCAGUGCAGCAUUACAAAAGAACCUCUCCAACAUCCAAGUGGCGACCGGGGCCUUUCUCAGGCAUAGUGAUGCGUUUACAAGAGGACGUCUCCCUAGGCCAAAGGCACGAAGACAGCGGCUUUAUAAGCGUAACCAUCACAAGAGCGAGCUGCAAGCACACGCACACCCUGUGGGGCGCGGUGCAGAAAAACAAGAAAGACAACACCUCGAUAAACCAACUUUCCGCCACGAGAUACAUCACGGAGAUCGUCGUGAACGUGCAACCGAUCGAUUUCGUUCUGUCCCUCAAAACCCUGCGCAGUUUCUACCUGGUUCUCGUUCCUCUCUUGCAAAUACCCAAACCGGAGAACCAGAAGGCCAAAGAUUGCAACGUGCUGCCCUACCUGAACAACCAGACGCUGCCGCUGGCCUACGUGGACUGCCAGGACAUCAGGGUGAUAAUGCCUUCGAUCGAUUUCGGCUCCGAUCGCUCGCUGCACGACGUCUACGUUUUUCAGGUGCACAAAAUCAGCCUGAGCCCGUCGGCUGUGAAUCCCAUAUGCCGGGUGCCCGUCAGGCCCGACAUCUACGAACAGGCUGCUCAUGCGCGGAUACUCAACAUUCCCGGUAGUGAAGUCGAAGAUCGCCAAUAUCAAUUGGAUAUAAUCGGUAUGUCCAUAAGUACGGGGCCUUGGAAGGACAUAGACUCCGUUUUGAGCCCCAGUGGGAGCAACAUUAUAAAAUCAAUGAGUGAAAAUCCCGCCUUAGAAUGGAAUAAUUUGGAACAAGGGCAGCCUAACAUGGUGCCCAACUUAAACCUGCUACCUGUUACAGACAAAUUUGAUAUUUCCAUAGUGGCCGCUCCAGCAAUGAUAUACCAAGAGAGCACGGUUAUUUGCGGAAAUUCAAUGGAAAUAAACUUUGUCUCGGACAUUAUCGUUUAUUUAUCCCUGCAACAGAUUAAACUGACUUCCGCGCUAAUAACCGAAUUCGUAUACCUACUGGAACCUUUUAUAAAGAAGGACGAAAUAGCUAAAAGACCGAAAAUAAGACUACCCUACUCGAAUUUGGAAAAUACCUACGUAUUUGAGGAAGAUGAUGAAGGUGUCGAGGCUCUAAAAGAUUCGGGAAUCGAUACUUCUGAAAUGAGGAGUCUCAAAUCCUUUAAAGCAAUUGGUCUAGAAUAUUCCACACAACCAAAUACUGAAAGCGAAAAACAAUAUGUGUUUCCUAGACCCCCGAAUCCCAUUCCGCACGCUUAUAACUGCGUGCCUAUAGAUAUACUUUUUACUGCAGGAAAAAUUAUUUUCUCCUUGUAUAAAGUGGAAAUUAUUGAGCAAAGUGGCAGUAAGCUGAGUGGAAAGAAGAAAAAAAUUAAAGAGUUUGAUGAAGAUCUUGGUUACGAGGCGUCCGAAGAAAGCGUGGAAGAGGCCCCGGAAAACCACAAAACCUACACUCCGCUGAUAUAUCUGGCGUUAAACCAGCCGAAUUGUUUCGUGUCGAAGCAGCAACUGGCCAGAAAGUUUCAAGUUUCCUGCUUCGAUUUGAACGUAAAGUUCAGCAGUCCGGAAUAUCUUCCCGUAGGUCACGUUCCCACCGAGCCGGAUUUUCCUAUUAACCUUUUGGAGACCAAAAGCGGAAAUCCGCAUGCAAGCACAGGUAUUCUGCCGGCUUUUAUAACUGUUCGAUUGUCCCGAGGUUUGUCGAAAAACGCGACGCUGGACGUCGACGUUUCCCGACCGAUUAAGUUGCUUUGCUCUUCGGCCAGAUGGACGCAUUUAUUGUUGAUUUAUAGAAGCGUUUUGGAGGCCUUUGUGUGCGAAAAAGGAGAAGCUUCAGCUGGCAGCGCUUGUUUCAAAGAGCCCGGUGGUUUAAAUUCCGGUCAAAGGAGUAUAAAGUACGGGGAGACUUACUCUAAGUUUCAGGAAAUCAAGAACAUGCUCAACGGUAUUCACUGCGUAAAUAUCACGUUUGAUCAGUUGCUGUUUGCUGCAAAAUCACCCACCGGUCACGAGGUUUUAUUGAGCUUCAACAAUUUAAAGAACGAACUGCAACUCUUCUCAAGACCGGAGAAGAUCACGAACUCCUGCACUCUGAGUUGCAUUACGUUGGUCGUGGUGCGCGAAAACUUCAAAAAGAUUCUGUUGAAUCCUUGGACUCUGUCGUUUGAGGUCUGCUUGUUCUGGGAGUCGUGGCAGACGGCGGACAGCGAGCCUCAAGUGCAGGUGUCGGCCGAAAGCGAUUGCAUCGUUUUCGACGUGAGUCCCGAUCACGUGGAAUGCGUGGAGAUGGUCCUGAAGGACCUCCAAGGGUUCUUGAAAGCGCUGCCCGCCAAAAAGAAAAGCCACGAUCGAAUCGGAGGAAUUGAAACGGCCGAAAAAGAUCAGUACUACAAGGACGACUUGCGGGCGGGGGCUUUUCAGUUCGUCGACGCCAACAUGAACAACGCGGACGAGCUUCCGUUGCCGUAUCAGGUCAUGUUUUGGACGAAGAACGUCUCCGCCAUGGCGUGGCGGUACCCGCAACCGAGAGCCUUGACGAAGGUGCGCGUGUUCCCCGUCCCCUACAAGAUCACGUUGGACGUCGAAGACGAUCUGCAGGUGCUGUGCAAGCUGGAGUACUGGUCGGACUGCAGGAACUGCUAUCUGCCUUACACGGAGUUUUACCUGUCCGAGAGUGAGGUGUGCCAUUUGGCUCUGCCGAAGACGCACCCGCAGACCGUAGUGGCGUGCACUUGGAGAGUGGUUAUCAACACUAUUAACCACACGGAAACCGAUAGCAACCUGCACAACAUGUACGUUUCCCCGCGGGCUUUGGCCGCGUGCAUGCGCAUAGACUCGUACUUCAACAAAACUUUGAUACCGAACUUUGCGGCUGCGUUGUACAUAACGAAAAUCGACGUUAAUUUGUACAGCUACGUAUGCAGGAGAACCGAGGGGAAACUGCCUAAUUGCCUGAAGAACUUCAAAUCGGAUUACACAGUGCCUGAGAACCAGAAGUUCUUGAUUCUCACGUGGGACAACCUGACCUCGUACUUCACCAGUUGGAACUUGGACAUGCUCUCCUUGGAGCUGAGCUCGUCCACGAAGUGCAGCGUCCUGGACUACACUUACCUGACGGAACAACCUGUCUUGGAACCGUUCACCUACAAGCUCGAAAUGAACGUUUCCGACGCGUUGCGUUGCAAUUUCGUGUCGAGACCGAUUCAGAUACGAUUUUGCCCGAACAUCGCGCACACUUUGGCCGUCAGCGGCCAACUGUGGUCGCAAUGCCGCAAAACCAACGAAACGGACUUCGUGAUCGUCACUCGUUACGUAGUGUGCAACGACACGAACGUGAACGUCCGAUUCGGGCAGACCGGCACCGAGGAGGACAUCCUGCUGCCUCCGAGGCACUUCCACCUCUACUGCUGGCGAACGCAGAAGAGGAAGCAGGAGUUCAAGGUGGCCUUGGAGGAGAGCGAGUGGAUCUGGAGUCGCUCGAUCAGGAUCCAGGAGGACGGCAUGCAGAUGGUGAAGCUGAACUCCGACAAGAACCUGAAGAUCUUGGUGUCGAUAAAAUCGCUGUCCUCGACGCAGAAGCAGAUCACGAUCGCCGGGCAGCUCAUCGUCACCAACAUGCUGCUGGAGCACUUCGAGCUGAAGGUCGUCAAGUCGGUGCCGAAGGAAAACAAGGACGCGGAGUUCAAGGCGGCCACGAUUCAUAUAGCCAAUGGGAGAGAACCGACGCCAUCUAUUCUGUUGAACUCGCACAAGGAGUACUUCUUGAGGUUGAGGUUUCUCGGGUUGGAGUCCACCUGGACUGGGGAUAUACCGUUGAGGGAACACAGCACCGGAUCGCAACCGUGGUUAGUUAAAGUUCCACUUCAGGAAAGGGGUCAGUUCUUGAGUAUCUGGUGUAGAAUAGUGACUCAGGAAAUCGACAAUACCAAUCGCAUAAUGGCCAUGCUUUGGCCUUUGUUCACCAUUAAAUCCAAUUUGCCUUUGCCGGCAAGCGUCCACAUAGAAACACCGUUGUUGAACGUUAAAAUCGAUUCAAGCGUUAAUGGGAAAGGAGAGUUGCAGCAGCUUUAUUGCCCCGGAACUAUAGAUCAUUCGCACCAACUGUCUUUCCAACUCGACAAUGGCAUAACCACGACGAAUCCCUACGUCCCCUUGAACUACAGUCUGGUAGAUCAGCAAAACUUCUUCAAGAAGAUGGACAAGGAAGAUAUCGAUGAUAUACUGAAAGUUCUCGACGCUUUCAGCGAAACUAAAUGGCCGUAUUUCGGCGAUGACGUGGAAAAUAUAAAUUGGGACGUGGACGAGCAACCCUUAACCCACGUUCAGGUGCGCUACUUGAACGCUUGCACUUACUCCAGCUCUUUGAUGGUGGAACUUUUGCCGUGGUGCAUGGUUGUGAAUACCUUUGGAGUGCCCAUAAGCCUCAUGUUAAGUGGGACUCAGCUGUUGCUUUGCCAAAUCAAACAUAACGGUAUAGUGGCCCCGCCGAAAUUGGAGGAAAACUUCAAUAUUGGUAUAUUUUUAAAUGGCGAUUAUUACAGUUCGGUACCGCUUCAACUAGCAAAAUCAGAUUGGGGUCAAACUUUUUACAUGCCAAAGAUUACCGGGACAAUUCCCAUGGAAGGGAAUAUCACUGUGCCAGUCGACUGUCAUAAAUAUAUUGCCGUUUUAUCGAUCUGUAGCGCUAUAGCAAACGAGAUAAGACUUUUAAAAGUAUCAUCCACUCAUCUUAUAUCGAAUUUAACCAACGUUAGUUUGGAAGCGUAUUGUUUUGCUGUCCCAGAUGUAGAAAUCGAUUACGAUUUACCCAAGUACAGACAAAUUAAUGCAUUAAUUUUACCGCCAAAUCAAGAAAAUGCCGGUAUGUCCAUAAUGCAAUGGUACAAUUUAACAGGCGACUUUGAAAACACAAACUUUGCAUUUUAUGUGACGUUUUCUGCCAAACCGGAAUUGGGAUGGAGUUGUCCAAUAAGAGUUGACAAAACAUUUAUACGCAAAAGUUUUUGCAUAUUAGGAGAAAACUACCCAAUACCACUUUGUAUCACAUUUCAAGAAUACAAAGGUCAAACCUAUUUGGCUGUCAGUCACGACUUACGACCUCAGAUCUUUAUUGAGAAUAAGAGUAACAUUCCGUUAAUAUGCGCUCAAUUCCUCACGGAUAACAGUACAGCCAACGAAAGUCAACAUUUCAAGUGGAACUGCGAAAUCAAACGACUUGGCAGCAUGUUCUACAGCAUGCCUUUAAUAGGGGAAAAGUUUCCAGAAAUACCGCAAAACAGUUAUCUUGAAAGUAUUGUUUUUGGGACCAGUACUGAUUCUGAUGAUAGUAAACUUAAAUGGUCUGAAGAUAUAAACAUAACCUUGGACAAUGAAAAAUUCGUGAGAAUACCGUAUUUUGGAGACGUUAAAAUGACCAUUAUCAAUACAGCCGUUUUUACGCACAUCACGGUUGAAUCAGUCAGUCAAGUUGAAAUAAGUGCUAGGGAUAUAAGAGUUAGAUUAUCUAUGAACACAACUAACGGAAGUCCAAAUGAAGAAGCAAAAGAAAAGCAAAUACCGAGUUCGACCUCAUCUUUUGCAAGCAAUAUAGAGGAGUUCCAAUCGACAUCUUCAAAACUACCCACUCUUGGGGAGCACCACAAGACAGCGGUGCCAAAUGUCGCUAGGGAAAAGUUAACUGACGUUUCAUCAAAGAAAUCAAUUUUGGUUCAAACGAUACCAACCAAGGGUAGAUGGAAUUCCUUAAAAGUGAAAGUGUUCCUGAAAAGUUUUUCCUUCAUAUUAUCCACUGAGCUCAACACUCCUAGGGAGAGAUGCGAAUUGGCCAGCCUUACCUGUGAUAAUAUAGCUCUAAGUGUUACUCAAACUGAAGUCUUGAAUCUUAAUUUGAUCAUAUCCGAUAUGCAGUUCGACAAUCAAUUGUACUCCCGGGAAUCCUACGACUUUCCCGUCGUAUUCAUCGGCCAAAAUAAAAACCCCGAAAGAAGGAUGAGUUCCUUGAACAUACCAAUGGACAAACUAUUAGACUCCCAGGAUAAUGCUGUUCUGGUGCUGGAAGUAAAUUUGGAAUCUUGCUUUGAUCACGCAAGAAAUACCAACAUAACAGGUGCGAAAACGGUGAGCAUUUCCUUCCAACCAGUAUCGUGUUACAUAGAAGACGUGUACUUAUCGCGACUCGCAGAUUGCCUGAAAAUAUUCUCCCCCAACAAAUUGGUUCUGUGGCCUGCGCCGGAAAGACAGCUGGUUGAGAACCGCACCCCAGGCGUGGUGAUCAUAUCCGACCUGAUAGCGUGGCAAUGCGUCCUGGCCUCGGUCCCUCUGACGGUCAAAACCAUAACCAUAGCGCCCGUCUCGAUUCUGCUCUCGGUGCAUUGCUCCGUGAAGAUCUACAUCGCGUUGGACCAGUCGCCGCUGCAGUUCGGGAAGUUCGAACGCAAGCGGUUGGCGACCACGCCCUACAAGCUGGGCCACACGCUCACCAUGCACUACCUGUCGGGCGCCAUCUUCCGCGCCGGCUGGGUGGUGAGCUCGCUGGAGCUCCUGGGCAGCCCGGGCGGCCUCGCGCGCGCCAUGGGCUCGGGCCUCAGGGAUUUCGUGAGUCUGCCCUACAGAGGGCUCGUGCAGGGGCCGAUGGCCUUCCUGAGGGGCGUGACGCAGGGGUCCGCGUCCCUCAUGUGGCACGUCACGUCCGGCACGCUGCAGUCCGUCACCAAGUUGGCGUCCAGUGUUGCCAGGAAUUUGGACAGAUUGACUUUGGACGAGGAGCACCUCAGGAGGACGGAAGAGCAGCGCAGGCAGAGGCCGCAGGGACUCGCGCAAGGUUUUAUGCAGGGUAUGACUGGAUUGGGUAUCAGUCUGCUAGGGGCUGUAGGUGGCAUUGCUCACCACCCAUUACAAUCCGUGAUGUCAGAUGGCGCUUCUCCAAGGUCAUUGGCGGCGGGUGUGGGCUUGGGAUUGGUUGGUGUAAUUACGAAACCCUUGAGUGGCGCAGCUGAAUUGUUAGCGCUUACCGGACAAGGUUUGCUACAAGGUGCGGGCUGGACAUCACUGCCAGAGGCAAGAAAUCAACCGGUGUUGUUUCAAAUAUACACCAGUCCAAAUUCCAUAGUGAAAUACAGCUGGAAGCUGACAAAUUCUUUAUCGAACCGAAACAUUAUCUACGUCACUGAGGCGACGUCUAUCAACAACACUCAAUACGAAGCUAUAGCCUUAAUUUUGACGACUGAGGCCUUAAUGAUCAUCAACACGGACGAAGAUAGAACCGAUAAAGUUUUAAGCCUUGCGGAGUUAAGCAUCGUUCAGAGCAACGACCCAACUUUGUUGGUUUUGAAGUUGACACCUCCGCCGGUCGUUGUCAAGCAGGAAGACGAAAACGUCGUGGAAAUGGACCCGGUGAGCCGGGCAAGAGUGGCGGAUUACGUCAAAAACACCGUGGGCAUCCUCAACAUGCCCGACGGAAUCAGUCAAGAUAGGUCCGAUAUCAGCAUAUCGCCCCUUUCGUCGCCAAGAGCCAUGUCGACUACAUCGAUGGCGGACGUUUCAACGAUUUACUCGUUCUAUGUGAAUCCCCAAAACAGAAACUAUUUCCUCUGCUUGUUGUCGCUGACGCAACAACGACAACCCAACUAUCACUUUCCAGUAUUGUAAACUGUGAUCCAACAUUAUUUUAUUACCUACUUUUUAAGAUUUGUAAAUUUAUUUUUAUUAGGUAAUGUCUUUUUAUUAUAUUGAAUUGUUUGGAA